GACGGGCAGCAGGUGUCGUGGUUUAAUUGUUGUUGUUGUCUGUGCUGCACUGUGGCCCCCCUCAUUGAUUUUGAUUGGCUUCGUUUCAAUUUUUGCAGUUUGCGGUGUUUUGUGCAUCCCUAAAACAACAAAAAAAGGCGCCUCCACAGAAAUUCUAAAUUCUAAAUCGACCAACAAAUUUACACGUCCAGCCUCCCCCAAAACAUACAUAAACAAAAAAGAAAAAAAAAAACAAAACAACAAAUAAACAUACAAAAAUUCGAAAUUCGCAUUGAAAAAGUUUUCAAAUUCGUGAUUUUUCUAAUUGAAUGCUGUGUGCGGCAGCAAAAGACACAAACAUAAAAGAAAUAUCAACCAUUCAGAAGGAUUGACGAUCCUAAUCUGAGUUAACUUUAGUAAAUUUAACUAACUGCAUUUGAUCGCAACGGGACGACGAGUACAGCCAGCACGCAGCUACUAAAUUUUUGGAUUACAGACAGCAACCGGCAGAGAGAGAGCCGGAGAGAGAGAGAGAGAGAGAGAGAGUAUCGCUGAGCCAACCCCAAGCCAAACCGAACCGGCCCGACCUAGUAAACGUUCCGUCCAUGGUUGAGACACCGAGUGAGAGAAUCCGGUGAAAAUGGACAAAGGCCGUCAGAGGUUGCCACAACUUUCGCCCAAUUAGCAGCACAAGGCAGCAGGAGUAGCAGCCGCAACAGCAGCAGCAAGCAUCAAGAUUGGCGGAACGGCACUGUAAAUAUUUGCGAAUCUCCACACAAAGCUGCGCAAGAGCAAACAUACGUUUACAGUACAAUAGAACAGAAACGAAAUAGGAUUUGGCAACAAAGACAGCUUGGAUCGAGCCCAUUAGGACACAGCGGACAUACAAAAAGCGGGCGAAGUAAACGAAAGAGUCAAGGACACGGCGCAAGUUCCUAUAAAUGACCGAGUCCACUCAGCUGCAAACGGCGGAGAAUAAUAACGCGGGCGUGGUCAAAAUGGAGCCACCGCCAUUGGCGACCUCCACCCACUCGCAUACGCACGCCCUGGCAUCAACAGCAGCCGCUGGCGCCGGUACGGCGCUAUCGCCAGCAACGCCGCCAUUGCCACAGCAGCAGCAGCAGCAGCAGCAUUAUGCGCUUAAAUGGAAUGAUUUUCAGACUUCAAUACUCAGCUCGUUUCGGCAUUUGCGGGACGAGGAGGACUUCGUGGAUGUGACGCUCGCCUGCGAUGAGCGCUCCUUUACCGCACACAAGGUGGUCCUGAGCGCCUGCAGUCCCUACUUCCGCAAGCUGCUAAAAGCCAAUCCCUGUGAGCAUCCCAUUGUCAUACUGCGCGAUGUGCGCAGCGACGAUGUCGAGAACCUGCUAAGCUUCAUGUACAAUGGCGAGGUGAAUGUGAGUCAUGAGCAGCUGCCGGACUUUCUGAAAACGGCGCAUUUGCUGCAGAUACGCGGCCUGGCGGACGUCAAUGGCGGCUAUCCCUACUCGAAAGCUCUGUCCGCUGCACUCAGCACCAGCAGCAGCAGCAGCAACAACAACAACAACAACAACAAUGCAGACAGCAGUAACAAUAACAAAAUUAGCAACUAUUUGCCCACAGCGCUGGGCAAUGCCAACCUGAAUGCCAACAGCAACAGCAGCGCCAGCGCCAACAACAGCCACAGCCACAACCAGAGCCACAGCCAGACCCAGAGCCAGAGCUCGACGUUCAGCACUCCACAAACGCCGGCGACAGUGCCGGCGUCUAGUGCUGUGGCUGCUGCCGCUGCAGCAGCAUCGCUGACGGCAGCCGUUGCAGCAGCAGCCGCCAAUCUGCCAUUGAGCAGCGGGAGCAACCAGGGCCAGAGGGAAUCGGGCGCAGCACAGAGCAGCAACAGCAGCGGCACGCCCGCUAUUCAGGAACUGAAGGCCUCCGCAGCGUCGCCCGUAAGAAACUCAAAUCCCAAUCCAAGCAAAGCCAGCAGCAACAAUCAUUGGGAUCUGAGCGAUAUGGAGGGCAGUCGCAAGAGUCAUUUGACACCGCCGCCGCAGAAGCGCAUCAAGAGCGCUGACCUGUUUCGUGCCCAGCAUGGCAUUAGUCCCGAGCGUUUGCUAAUCGAUCGUGACUUUCCCGUGGCGGGGCAACAUCCCUUGACGCGCAAUCGCAGCCGCGAUACGUCCAAGGAUCGCGAUCGCAGCUUAGAGCUGCGCGAAUCACUGCUUGGUCAGGCACUGGAGAAUAGCAAUGGACAGCAGGCCAAUCAGAAACAUGAUCUCGGCCAGAGUGCCGGCGAGGACUCGAACAGCAGCGACACGGAACCCUCAGAUCGCGGCGAUGGCCACCAUGAUGGCACUCUAGAUGGCAUGGACAAUCAGCGCUCGCACUCCUUUCCAAAUGCAUUCCUCGGCCUGCAGGGCAUACCCGGCCUCUUGCCAGGACCGUCCGGCCUAGGUGGCAAUGAUUUUGGUACAUUCCUCAGCAGCCAGCAGUCGAGCAUCAAGCAGGAGGCCAUGGAUGUUGCAGUCGAGGAGCAGCCGCACGAGGCGCAUGCAGCCGAUCGUCAGCCAGCUGCAUGCAAAUUGGCCAAAUUGAUGCAACGGCCGCAGCUGGCGCAGUUAUUCGAGCGACGCAGCCACAACAACAACAACAACAACAAUAAUAAUAAUAACAUUAAUAAUAACAAUACCAUUAGCCACAAUAACAACAAUCGCAUGUUCAAGAAGAAUCGCUCCACAAAUUCAUCGCCAACGCCGUCGGCGCGUUCGUGGAAUGACAGCGAGGAGGAGCCCGAUUACAAUCAGGAUGAACGCUCCAGCUCAGCCUCGUCGGCCAUUUCCUUGACCAUGAAACGCAAUUGUCAGGCCAGCGAAUCUACGCUCUACCAAACACUGCAACAGCAUCGUCAGCAGCAGCAACAACAGCAACAGCAACAACAGCAGCAGCAGCAGCAGCAACAGCAUCUGCAACAGCAGAGCGAACAUCGCCCACAUCUUAAGCAGCAGCAGCAGCAACAUCAACAUCAACAGCAGCAGCAGCAGCAAUAUCUGGAUGAACUGCAGCAAUCCGUUUCCGUGUCACACCAGCAACAGCUGACCGCCAAUUUGUUUAUGGCGCGCACCAUUGCCCUGAGUCGCUCUCGUGACUUUCCUGACAUAUUUCAAAACACCUCGGCAGCAGCCGUGGCUGCAGCAGCAGCAGCAGCAGCAACUGCCACUGCCUCGGCCACAGCCUCCGCCUUGGCCAGCAGCACAAGCGGAGCAGCUGCUGCUGCCGCUGCUGCUGCUGGUGCUGGUGGCAGCAGCAACAACAGCAGCAGCAGCAAUGCUGGCAGCAACUAUAUGCUGCCGUGUCCGCUGUGCGAGACGCCGCUGGAGCAGCGCGUCUUUCGCCAGCAUUUGGAUAGGCAUUAUCCGCGCGACAGUCCCGUCUGUCCGGUGAUCGAAUGCGGCCGUCGCUUCGCCCAUCCCAAUUCGGUGCGCAAUCAUAUGCGCAUCAAGCACACGCUGCAGUGGGCCAAAAUGAAGGCGAUGCGCUCGUCGGGCGGCCCAUUCGCCGGCGGCCCCGACUUCAAAUUCAAGAGCGAAGCGGCCAACUAGUUGGUGUCGCCUGACGGUACGACCCGGUACCCAAUAGUCCAAAAUCAAUAUGCCCGCAGAUACUCGCACUAGUAGCGAAAACAAAAGCUUUUCUAGGUUGCUGCUAACAAGUCAAAAGGCGACAAUAAUCCUAAGCCCAAACUCGGGACACUCGCGUCUAUCGUAGAUAGCCAAAGACAACAAAAGAAGUAAAGAAAACGUAGUACUAAACUCGAUCGAGCCACGUCGCUAAAGCCCGUUCCACUGAACCAAGAAACUCAAAGCUUUUCCUCUUUAUUCCUGUUGACCAAAGACGGUUUCAUUUUU